AUGGCGAUGGAAGCCGGCAUGCUGCACCCCAAAGGUCCCAACCUGGUGCCCACGGCGAACGCCGUUGUCGGCGCGUGCUGGGAGGGCACCAAAUGGACUUGUGCGAGGUCAUCACUGAUGGCGAACCCUAUCGACAAUAUCCAUGUCGACUGGCCGUACCGUCUUGUGGGGGCUCCUGUCGACGUAUGGCUGUGGUGGGCGCCGCACCACAGAAAUUGGGAGGAGUGGCGCUACCUCCCAGUGCUGAUGACCAUCGCCUCGGCGUUGUCACGACGGAACUACUCCGUCGCGUACACGGACGCAUCGCGAACACGGGACGACAUCGUCGCCGAGGUCGUUAGGCACGGCAGCCCGGUUGUCGUGCUCUUCGGCUAUUGGAACGCAGUGCCGGGGACGCGCGAGAUUGUCUCGCGUGUCGUCGCCAAGGGCGCCCACCUCGUGCUCUACAAUAGUGAGCCACUGGGAGUGCUCUACAACAGGCAACCACUCGCUCACAACAAACACAUUCUCGCAACAAAAGAGCUGUACAACGCCUCGGAGCUCUGGGAUUACUCGCUGGCGAACCUGGAGUGGCUCCGGCCGCACGUUCAGCUGACGCUGCGACACGUCCCUCCCAGCUACGUCCCCGAUUUUGACCUCGGCGUGCAGGCGACCAGGCGAGGCGUGGGGGUCGUGGGCACCCGGCCGCCACCUAAAACGUACGCCCAAAACACCGCGCUGCUCUGGCACAACGUGACACAGGCGGAGCUGCAGACGUGGGCCGACAUGCGACAAUUUCUCACGACGCACCCGCUCCAGCUCGUCUUUCAUCGCGUGCCACAAGGCAACCUAUGCCCCUUCGAAGCGUUUCGCGGCGCUGUGCUCGCCUCAAACCGCGCUUGUAUCGUCGCCCAGGACUCGCACCCACUCGACCAGCAUUACUGGGCCGGCAUCGUCCACUUUGCGCCCACGCCUGCUGACCUCCCGCGUAUUGUCAACCGCUUCAUGAGCGACCCGGCGCUCCUCGCCGACUGCCAGGCGCUGACCUACAACGCCUUCGUCACGAACCACACGGCUACGGCCGCCCUGGAACAGGCCGGCGUCUUGAACCUCCUUACGCGACGAAUCCAGAAAUACCGCCCGCCGAAGUAAGGCCGAGACUCAUGUACGGAGCAUACGGGCUUUGGAGACUACGGGGCAUACCGGCUUUAGAGAGUCGAGAGCAUAUGAGAGCGGUGCGGUGCGGUGGGGCGAGCGCACCAGACAGAGGGACGUCCAGAGCCUUUUUGGGCAAGUUAAUUGAUUCCAUGCCUCAU